AUGUCCAUUCUUACCGAAAAGAGCCCCCAGUCAUGGAGCUCGCGCCUCUCGUUUCUCCGGACUAAGAGGGCGAUCGCUGCCCUCUGCGCUCUCGUCACGGUCAUUAUCAUCCUUAUCGCGCUUGGUGCGACUCAUACCAUAGGUGGAGGUUCAUCGGGGUCGAAGGAUGCGAAUCUCGACAGCAGUGCCAGCAAUGGAACAGGCUCAUCAAAUCAAACGACGUCCACGCCUUCUGGCCAGUAUGCAGGGAGCCUUGCAGAUGGUACACCUCUCAGGGUAAUGUGUCUCGGGGCAUCGAUCGUCAAGGGCGAGACCUCACCGGGAACUGUUGGCUUCCGAAAGGUGCUGCGCGACGACCUCGUCAGUUUCGGCGUCCCUGUCAACAUGGUUGGCUCAGUUCGGCUGGGCGACAUGGUUGACAACGAUGUGGAGGCCUAUGGAGGCAAUCGGGUCACACAGAUUCAUGAUCACGCCAAGAAUAUCGUGCCAAAAACUCUGCCCAACGUCUUCGUUAUCAAUGUUGGAACGAACAACAUCCUCCAGAACCUCGACAUCGACAAGGCCGGCGCCCAGAUGGAGGACUUCAUCAACUACCUGUUGAAGACUUCCCCGCGAUCUGUUGUGGUCCUCACCACGUUGCUGACCAAUACUGUGCCGAACCUCGAACCACAUGUGCUUGACAUUAAUAAGCAGUUCCGCGCCUUAUUACCAGACUUUGAGAAGGAGGGAAAGCCCGUGGUGCUGGCAGAACUACACCCGAGCGAAGGCGGUGGCGACGAAAUUCCUCAGAUCGCAGAUAUCGGCCCUGAUGGGUCUCACCCACUAGUCAGUGGUUAUGAGAAGAUGGGACACAUCUUCGCCCAAGCCGUGAAGAUGGCCGACAGCAAGGGCCUGAUUCAGAUCGCUGCUGAGAACGGGAUUCCGGACGACGGAGAGGCCGAGAGAUCAGGCACUUCGUCUCGGCUUACGCGGCGGCGAUGA